AUGGAUGAAAAUGACUCAACAGCUCAUAAGGUAAUUGAAGAGAAUGAGGGGAGAAAAGAGGAGGAACAUCAUGUCAAAGUUGAGGACAAAACUCAUUUACAGACUGAUGGUAUUUUGAAAAAGAGAGACAAGAAUUGUUUCACCUGCACUCAGUGUGGAAAGAGUUUGGCAAACAAAAGCAAACUUAAGAUUCACAUGAGGAUCCACACUGGAGAGAAACCAUUCACAUGCACUCAGUGUGGGAAGAGUUUCAGCCAAUCAUCAUCCCUUAAUCUACACAUGAGGAACCACACUGGAGAGAAACCCUUCACAUGCACUCAGUGUGGGAAGAGUUUCAGCCACUCAUCAAACCUUAAUAAACACAUGAGUAUCCACACUGGAGAGAAACCAUUCACAUGCACUCAGUGUGGGAAGAGUUUCAUCCGCUCAUCAUCCCUUAAUCUCCACAUGAGGAUUCACACUGGAGAGAAACCAUUCACAUGCACUCAGUGUGGGAAGAGUUUCAUCCGCUCAUCAUCCCUUAAUCACCACAUGAGUAUCCACACUGGAGGGAAACCAUUCACAUGCACUCAGUGUGGGAAGAGUUUUAACAGCUCAUCAAACCUUAAUCAGCACAUGAGGAUCCACACUGGAGAGAAACUGAGAGAGUAUAUGUGCUUGGAAUGUGAGAAGACUUUUAAUACAGCUGCAGAAUUGAAACGGCACAAGAGGAUUCACACUGGAGAAAAACCAGUGUUCACAGUGCAGUAAGAGGUUUACUCACUUAAGAACCCUGAAAACACAUGAGAGGAUUCACACUGGAGAGAAACCCUAGACAUGAUCAGUGUGUACAGAGUUUCACUAAUUUGGGGCAGCUUAAGAAACA